AGGUGCGUGGGACUGGGACAUGCCAGGCAGCAGCAACUGUUCCCAGCUGCGGGCAGCGCUGGGGACAUCGCCUUGGUGGGAGGUGGCACCAGUGUGAGCUGGGGGUGGUGGUGGGGGAACAAGGGGAUGGGCACCCAUGCGUUUGAGUCUUACUAGACCCCGCUGCUGCUGCUCCCCAUACCAUGGGGGUGCUAGGACACUGCUGCCUCCCCCUGCGCUCACCCCAGCCUCGGCCCCUCUCCGAUACCCCCUCCCCUAGGGGCUCGCUCCCUCCUGGCCAAAAUCAACCAGCUCCUUCCUGCAGCUUAACAGUGGCGAGCAUUGUCCCACAAAACGCCAGGAACAGCUAGCUCCAGGCGCGGCACGGCAGCUCAGGAAGCUGUGGGUAGCUAAACCUGCGUGCCUUAUGAGACCUGAGCUUUGGAGGUGGAAGGACUGGUGAGUGCUUGCAGAGAUCGAGACGAUUCAAUGCUAGCAAUAAGGGGGGGUGCCUGCUCAAAGCCAAUUCCCCAUGAGUGCUAGAAGAACAGGUUAUCCCGGCUUGUGGCAAUGGUCCCCGUACCCCAGUGUCAUCAGCAGAUGCCAUCGGGGAGAGCACAGGAGCCUCGCCCCUCACUGCUGCCUCUCCCCAGCUGCAGGUGCCCCCUGCCAUGGGGCUGUUCCUGCUCGCUGUGGCCCUGGUGCUGGGGGGGACGGCUGCCACCCACUGCCCUGCAGCCUGCGUCUGCGACAACCUCCGCGCCCACGUCCUGUGCCUCAACAGGAACCUCAUGGCCAUGCCUGGCAGCAUCCCUGAGCUCACCAAGAAACUGGACCUUCGGGGCAACAGCUUCACAGUGGUCCCAGUGGGAGCCUUCCUCGCCAUCCCGUACCUCACGCACUUGGACCUGCAGCACUGCAAGGUGGAGAGGUUGGAGGAAGGGGCUUUCCGGGGGCUGGGGCGGCUGCUCUACCUCAACCUGGCCUCCAACAGCAUCACCGUCCUCUACCAAGAGUCCCUGGAUGGGCUGUCCUUCCUCCAGCAGCUCAUCCUGAAGAAGAACCGCAUUGAGGAGAUCCAGCCGGGUGCUUUCAGCCAGCUGGGGUCCCUCACUCUCCUCGACCUGAGGGAGAAUGCCCUGGUUUACCUCCCAGACAUGGUCUUCCAGGGCCUGCAGGUCCUCCGGUGGCUCCGGCUGUCCCACAAUGCCCUCCACGUCCUGGGCAGCGAGGCCUUCACUGCCCUGCCUGCCCUGCGCCGGCUGAGCCUGGACCACAACGAGCUGCAGGCGCUGCCCGGCGAGGCCCUGGCACGGCUGAGCGAGGCUACCCGGCUGGACCUGGGACACAACCCCAUCACCUACCUGUCUGAGGAGGCCGUGGCCAUGGCCUCCCUGAAGCACCUCUUCCUGGACCACACAGCCCUACAGGAUGUGGCGCCCGACGCCUUCACCUGCAGCCCCCAGCUGCGGACGCUGGAUCUGUCCCACAACCAGCUGCGGGGCCUACCUGCCUUGUCUGGGGUCAAGCAGCUGGCGAGGGUCAACCUGGCUGGGAACCCCCUGCUCUGCUCCUGCCUCCUGCUCCCCUUCCACCACUGGAUGGGGCGGGCGUGGGUGCAGGUGGAGGGGACCUGCACUGAGCCCCCUGCCCUCCGUGGCCGGUCCCUCGACUCCCUGCGCCCCCCCGAGAUGAGGUGCGGCCUCCCCCAGCCACCUUCCCCCAGCCCCACCAUGCCCUCAGUGCGGCUGGGGGUGCCCGGGAGCGGGCAGUGUCCCCGGGGCUGCUCCUGCUCUCCUGACUUCCACCAUGCCAACUGCGAGAACCAAGCCCUGCAGGAGAUCCCCCACGGCUUCCCCAGGGACACCCGUCUCCUUGACCUGCGCCGAAACGCCUUCAGGAUGGUGUCCCCGGGUGCCUUCCCUGGCCUGGAGGAGCUGGUGUCCCUCCACCUGCAGCACUGUGGCAUCGAGGAGCUGCGUCCCAGGGCACUGUGGGGGCUGAAGGGCUUGAUCUACCUCUACCUCUCCGACAACCGCCUCUCCACCCUGGCACCUGCUGCCUUCCAGGGGGCCCCACGGCUUGCCUACCUGCACCUGGACCGCAACGCCUUCACACGGGUGCCCCCAGGAGCCUUCCGGCUCCUGCCCAACCUCUUCUCCCUCUACCUGCAGCACAACACCAUCAAGGAGCUGGCUGAGGGUGACCUGGCCGGGCUGGUGGGGCUGCGUGGGCUCUACCUUGCUGGGAAUGCCAUCAGGAGCAUUGCCCCCGCUGCCCUGGCACCCACCAAGAUGCUGGAGAAGCUGCACCUGGAGGGGAACCACCUGGUGGAGGUGCCCACGGCCUCCCUGCGGGGUCUGCCCGCCCUGAGCGAGCUGAAGCUGUCCCAGAACCCCAUCAGGCACAUAGGGGACAGCGCCUUCUUGCCCGUGGCCAGCACCCUGCAGCACCUCUACCUGGACAACAUGGGCCUGAAGCAGGUUUCCCCUGGUGCCUUUGCUGGCCUCGGAGCCAAGAUCAAAAGCCUCCACCUGGAGAACAACACCAUGAGCAACAUCCCCACCAUGAGCAACUUCACGGGGCUGGAAAUCCUCAACCUGAGGGAUGUGCCUUUCCACUGCGACUGCCAGCUCCUUCCCCUACGCCGGUGGAUUGAGAAGCUCAACCUGCGUGUAGGGGCCACCUGUGGGUCCCCUCCGGAAGCCCAGGGCCAGAAGGUGAAAUUUUCCACCACUUUCCAAAGCUGCCCUGGCUGGGGAGCCAGAAGAGCCAGUCCUGACCAAGCCAAGGCUUCAGGGAAGCCCAGCAAGAAAAAGGGGUCAGGAAAACCAGCACUCAGAGGCUCCAUAGAAUCAUAGAAUAUCCCAAGCUGGAAGGGACCCAUAAGGAUCAUCGAGUCCAACUCCUGGCACCACACAGCCCUACUCAAAAUUUUAGACCACGUGACUAAAUGCACAGUCCAAACACUUCUUAAACUCUGACAGGCUUCAUGCAGUGACUACUUCACUGGGGAUCCUG